AAUGUCUUUCUCUUUUUCUAGUUUCAUCUUCGUCUUCUUUCACUUUCUCACUCUCAUUUCCUUAACCCUUUUUCACUUUCGGUGUCUAGAAGUGAAAGGAAAUGGCCGGUGGUGGUGGAGGAGGAGGGAUAGCGCCGCCGCUAAAACAAGAUGAGCUUGAGCCACAUCCCGUGAAAGAUCAACUUUCUUCUAUCUCUUAUUGCAUCACAAGUCCUCCUCCUUGGCCGGAGGCAAUACUUUUAGGUUUUCAGCAUUACUUGGUGAUGCUUGGAACAACUGUUCUCAUUCCAACAUAUUUAGUUCCACAGAUGGGUGGUGGAAAUGAAGAGAAGGCAAAGAUGGUUCAGACAUUGCUUUUUGUUUCUGGACUUAACACUUUAUUGCAAAGCUUCUUUGGGACUCGACUUCCCGCGGUCAUUGGAGGCUCUUAUACCUAUUUACCAACCACUCUUUCGAUCAUUUUGGCUGGUCGGUACAACGACAUUCUUGAUCCUCAGGAGAAAUUUAAGAGGAUAAUGCGAGGAAUCCAGGGUGCUCUUAUCGUUGCCUCGAUUCUUCAGAUCGUUGUUGGCUUCAGCGGGCUUUGGCGCAAUGUAGUUAGGCUCUUGAGUCCUCUCUCUGCAGUUCCUCUAGUAGCACUAGCCGGUUUUGGACUUUAUGAGCACGGUUUCCCUCUGCUAGCCAAAUGCAUUGAGAUUGGACUGCCUGAGAUCAUCCUUCUACUUAUAUUCUCACAGUACAUUCCUCAUCUCAUUCGAGGAGAAAGACAAGUCUUUCAUCGAUUUGCUGUUAUUUUCUCUGUGGUUAUCGUCUGGAUUUACGCACAUCUACUUACCGUUGGUGGAGCCUAUAAGAACACAGGAAUCAACACUCAGACAAGUUGCAGAACAGAUCGUUCCGGCCUUAUUGGAGGCGCUCCAUGGAUAAGAGUGCCUUAUCCUUUUCAAUGGGGACCUCCAACAUUUCAUGCCGGUGAAGCUUUCGCUAUGAUGGCUGUUUCAUUUGUUUCCCUUAUUGAGUCCACAGGGACUUACAUUGUUGUGUCAAGGUUUGCAAGCGCAACUCCACCGCCACCUUCUGUUCUUAGCCGUGGAAUCGGUUGGCAGGGCGUUGGAGUACUUCUCUGUGGAUUAUUUGGAGCAGGAAAUGGAGCAUCUGUAUCAGUAGAAAAUGCCGGUUUGUUAGCGCUAACACGCGUUGGUAGCAGAAGGGUAGUUCAAAUAUCAGCUGGUUUCAUGAUUUUCUUCUCCAUUCUUGGUAAAUUUGGGGCCAUCUUUGCUUCGAUUCCCGCUCCAAUCGUCGCAGCAUUACAUUGCUUGUUCUUUGCAUACGUUGGUGCUGGUGGUCUAAGCUUACUUCAGUUCUGUAAUCUAAACAGCUUCAGAACAAAAUUCAUCCUCGGAUUCUCGGUCUUCAUGGGCUUAUCGAUACCACAGUACUUCAACGAGUAUACAGCUGUUAACAAGUAUGGACCAGUUCACACACACGCAAGAUGGUUCAAUGAUAUGAUCAAUGUACCAUUCUCCUCUAAAGCAUUUGUGGCUGGGAUUUUGGCAUUCUUUCUUGAUGUAACAUUGUCAUCUAAAGACAGUGCCACAAGGAAAGACCGAGGGAUGUUUUGGUGGGAUCGUUUUAUGUCUUUUAAAUCGGAUACUAGAAGUGAAGAGUUUUACUCUUUGCCUUUCAAUCUCAACAAGUAUUUUCCCUCUCUGUAAACAUUGAAAAUUAUGCUGAGAAAGAGUUCAUUGGCUAGGAGGCACUGACUCUACUCUAUGUAGAACAUUUUGUAUCUGUAAACUCUGUUUUCUCAAACUGUGUCCCGUUUAUUUAUUUGAUAAUGUACUUCUCUGUAGUGUUUGCCUGUU